AUGGCGUCUGAGGAGUCGGCUCCCGUGACAGAGGCCCCCGUCAAGGUGCCACAACCCGCCGACGGAGCUCCUCCGUCAUCAGCUGAACCUGCCUCCGAGACUGUUGCGGAGAUGUCGGGGGCUCUUCCGGCCGAGCAACCUGCUGAGACUGAACCAGCUCAAAGCACAGAUGCUGUUACCGCAAAUGGCCCGGUCGAGCCCGCAUCAGAACCUCCAAAAGAGCCCCAAGAACCCCAAGAACCCUCGGCUGACUCUGAGCCCACGGCCCCGGCUGCUGAGGACACCGAGGUGAAAGACGCGGGUGAGGCAGAGACUGCUCAGCCGGAGAUCAACGGCGCAGCCUCUGCCGAAAAGAAGUCAUCCUCUUCGAGGAGGAAGUCGUCAACCGCCCUGGAAAACAAAGGCAAGAAGCUCAACAAGAAGAAGUCCAUGUCCAAAAUCACUCAUCUCGAUGCCGAACCGGGCGAUUACUAUCUCGCCAGGCUCAAAGGCUAUCCACCCUGGCCAUCAAUCAUUGCAGAUGAAGACAUGCUUCCUGAUGUUAUGAUCAACAACAGGCCCGUCACCACCAAAAAGGCCGACGGCACCUACAACGAAGCUUACGCAGACGGCGGUAAGAAAAUGCACGAACGAACGUUCCCUAUCAUGUUCCUGGGCACAAAUGAAUUCGUGUGGAUCCACAACACCGACCUGACUCCGUUGACACCUGAAGAGUGCAAUGAUGUUCCAGAAAAAGGCAAAGGCAAGGCCCUCCUCGGCGCAUACAAAGUCGCUGCCGAAGGCCACGACCUACAAUACUUCAAGAACAUGCUUGACGAACACGCAGCGGCUUUGCAAGCCGAGAUCGACGCGAAAGAGGCCCGAGAAGCUGAAAAGGUUGCCAAAGCUGAGAAGAAGAAACGUAAGAGCGAAGCCAAAGCCGAACCGGAGGACGUUGAGAUGGAAGAGGCUGAGGCCGAUGCUGAGCCCAAGAAAUCUUCCAAGAAGCGUAAGAAGGAGGCCGACGAAGAAGAAGAUGAAGAUCAGAAGCCUGCAAAAACCCCCAAGACCACCAAGAUCAAAUUGACCACCAACAAGACACCCAAGACUGAGGAGAAGAAGCCCAAGGAGAAGGCAACUAAGGCUCGAUCGGAGAAGAGAAAGUCCCGCGCCGCCCAGGAAGAUGAGGAAAUGGUAGACGCAGUCGAGCCGGAGCCAGAAGAGAAGCCGCUUGACCCAGUCGAGGCACGCAAGUCUCGUGAGAAAGAAGUCCUCUUUCUCCGCCACAAGCUACAAAAGGGGUUCUUGUCCAGAGAUCAAGCUCCUCAGGAAGAUGAGAUGCCGCAGAUGGCUACAUACAUUAAAAAGCUCGAAGGCUAUGCGGAUCUGGAAGUUAGCAUCAUUCGAACCACCAAGAUCAACAAGGUCUUGAAAGCCUUGAUCAAGCUCAACACCAUUCCCAGAGACGAAGAAUUUCAGUUCCGAAAGCGCUCCGUUGAGCUUUUGAGCCAGUGGAACAAGAUUCUCGGAGCGGAACCGGCUGAUGACACUGCUGGUGACAAAGACACUGCCACAAACGGAGUUCAUGAUGAGAAAUCCGAAGAAGCCCCCGAAGAAGAGAAGAAGGAAGAGGCUUCUGCCCCUCCUGAAAAGCCUGCGCUGGCUACUGAGGCUGCUGAGAAGUCGACGGCAGAGCCCGAGGCAGAGAAACCUGAAGAGAACGCUGAACCCGAAAAGGCUGUGGUGGAAGAGCCAGCGAAGCCUGAAGCGGCGGCGCCUGAAACCACGGAGAAAGCACCAGAAUCAGCAGCGGCUGCUACGGAGGCUGCAGACGUGGUCAAGACCACCGAAUAA